AUGUCACCAGUUGCUGUCCCUCCACCAUCCGGUGUGGUCACAAGGUCCAAAAAUAAUAUCUUCACACCAAAGAAAAAAUUCAGCUUCUUGUCCUACCUUUCUCCCACUCCAAAUACCUUUAAGCAAGCAGUUAAGCACAUUGAAUGGAAGAAUACAAUGGAUCUGGAAUAUGAAGCCUUAAUGAAAAACCAAACUUGGGAACUAGUACUUAGGGACCCGAUAAAUAAUGUUGUUGAUUGUAAGUGGUUAUUUCACAUUAAAAGGAAAGAUGAUGGUUCUAUUGACAGCUACAAGGCGCAAUUAGUUGCAAAAGGUUUCACACAAUGUCCAGGACUGGACUUUCAUGAAACUUUCAGUCCGGUUGUCAAACCAACCACCAUCAGAAUUGUACUUUCUAUUGCAGUUCAAAAUAAUUGGAAAGUGCAGCAGCUUGACGUAAAUAAUGCAUUUUUGUAA